AGUCGUUCAUCUUCAUAACGCUCACUUCUUUUACCAAGUUAAAAACAUUAGACACAAGGACCUUUCCCUCUCAUCUCCUCCCUUGUAGCCGCCAUUCGCAUACUACACUCCCAAUUCACUCAUCUCCAUUCUCCUCCAUCUUCGCCGGUGUAUAGGUAAGCUAUCUAGGAAGGAGAUGCUACAAUGACUGUUCUAGCAUGCCAGGAGUCUAGCAAUUUCAUGAGGAUGCCGAGUAAAAGCUUAACUUAUAAGAGCUAUGAGGACACUCUCAGAGAAAUGGAAGCUUUCUUGGAUGGAAAGACCGAUAAUGCACAAAGUACAAAUGAGGUUUAUGCCGAUAUAACUGAACCCAUGAAUUCGAGUGCCAUCAGGCUGCCUGAUUCUGAAGAUGCAGAUGCAACCGAGAAUUCCAGCUCAUUUGGUGAUACUGCUUCGAGAAGUGAGAAUGUUUCUGGAACUAGUGAUGCUGAAGUGGAGUCUGAAUUUCGUGUGGACAAUGGUUUGGCAUCUACCUUGGACAGUUAUGGUAGUGUUUUUCCAGUGAGGAGAAAGAAACUGACAACUCAUUGGAGGAGUUUCAUACAGCCGCUUAUGUGGAGGUGCAAAUGGACAGAAUUAAAGAUAAAGGAGUUGGAUUCACAAGCAUUGAAAUAUACUCGUGAGCUUGAAGCAAAUGAACAAGGUAAAAUGUCUGAACAACAUCAGCAUACAUCAGACUUUAGUUCGAAAUCUUUUGCAUAUUUCAACCACUCAGGCAAGAGGAAGUUCAUGAAAAGACGAAAACGGAAACUUGUGGAGAAUGUGGCUGAUAUAUCAUCUUAUAUGUCUCACCACCAACUUUUCUCCUAUUUAGAAAAUAAGCAUUUUGAAUAUGAUGCCGCUUCAGCCAUAGGUGGUGAUGUUAAUAUAGAUUUAUGUUCUAAGAACGAUGAUUUUGGCACGAAUGAUGAUUUGUUUAAAGAUGGUGAAGAUUCCUUUGAGGCGAUUCUUCAAAAAAUUGAAAAUGCGCAAUCUAAUGUUCAGAGGCUUAGAACCCGACUUGAAACAGUGAUGUUAAAAAACGGUGUGAAGUUCUCCUCCUCAGAAAAUCUUAAUCUCCUUGCACCUUACGAUGCUCAGACAAGUGCCGCCCAGAGCCCUGCUUUCUCAGCAGGUAAUGGGGAGAGUAUGUCUUUCGGUCCCAUUUUUGUUCAAGAAAACUUGGACGACUUGGAAUUUAACACUCUGCUAUCCGAUGGUUCUGAGAUUCCCGACAUAAUAGAAAGUACAGUCGGAUUACAUCCCGCUACAGAUGUUACUCUGCACCAACCACAGAGAUUAGAAUCUGGUGAAAAUCAGAAUAUAGAUUAUCCACAUCUACAAAACAAGGGUAUUGACCAGCCAAUUGAUGAGCAUCCUAAGCUGGAAAAGAAAGAUCAGAGUAUAUCAAGUCUAGGAGCCAGACCUGAUUUAGUGACUGGACAUACCCUGGUUCAGGACAAAGCAUCGUUAAAGUCUCGUUUGACUUCCGAUGUUCCAUACACUUUAUAUAGACGAAAGCGAGGUGAGAGGAAGGCUAGACCCGUUGGUUGGAAUAUGAGGUCUUCAGGUGACCCAGAUAGCAGUUGAAUUGUUCUGAACUAUAGCCGUGGACAAAACCUACGUUAACACCGUAUCCUUCAUCUUUUCGAGUGAGUACUCAUCGCUCCAAGCUAUCUGAUAUGGGCAGCUAUUUGUGUUAGAAUCCGUCUCACGGCUAGAGAUAAUGGUGAAAAAAUAAGCAGUUUGAUAGUAGUCUAGGAUUGAUUUCGUAGUUUUAGCUGGCAGUCUCGAAUGAAACAUAGAAAUACAGUUGAUGAGAUUUUUGAUUUAGUUGAAAGCGGAAGAUGGCAUACGUGGCUCCGCUUUCGUCGCUGUGUUCAUGGUGUGUAGAUGCGACUUACAUAUGUAGGGGGUUGUCAUGAAUACAGGAUAUAGUUAAAUUUUUUGCAUUCUGUUGCGCAUUCUUCUUCCAUGCCAUUCUUUUUAUUUCUUUCAGAGAAUUUUAGACACUUAAAUUAGAAGUAGCUCACUGUUCUAUGUUUUACAUUCUAUUUGGAAUUGUUCUGAGAGGUCUGAUUGAAUUGUAGAACGUACGAUCCUACUAAUGAAAUUAAAUUAGCUAA